AGCAGAGAUGCUGCCAGUGUUUGCUCUGCACAUCAGCAGCCAGCCGGGGUUCUAGCUCGCAGUCAGACAGUCAGUGGCACAGGCAGCACGUCCACCCGGGAGAGAGACAGCAGCGCUCACGGAGGCGCAGAGGCACUGAAGACUCAACCGACACUCACAUUCCCGGUCUUCUUAAAUGGAUAUAUUCUGUUUUAAUUCUUUUUGAGUCUGCAUUGUGUCCUUUUAGAUAAGAAAAGAAGGACAAACGCCCGGACUUGUUUUUUUUUUGGUGCCUGGUUCUUCUCGACCGUUCACAGAGAGCCACUCUCCCCACAUCGUUAGCUUCCUAAGCUAGCUAGCCCGCUAACUUAGCGGUGAUACUUUCUACGGUAUCAACGUCAGUUUUCUGCCUCGGAGCUAGCCUGCGGUCUUUUGUGCCACGGCGGCAGAUCAACGUGACCCGUCACGACAGGAGCAUGUUUGAGUGACGCAUAAAAGAGGAACUGGGAUCCCUGAGGCUCCGGCCCUUUCUGCUGGUGGAGCACUCUGCACAUCUGGCCAGAGACACCUCCGAUCACUAGCAAAGGAUGCGACGGUUUGCCUACUGUAAGGUGGUUUUAGCCACCUCUCUGGUCUGGGUGAUGCUGGACAUGUUCAUCCUGCUCUACUUCAGCGAGUGUAACAAGUGUGAUAACAUAAAGGAGAGAGGACUGCCUGGGAGAGAUGAUGGCCUGUCCAGACCGCGAGAUGGGCCUGGUGAAGGCGGGAAGCCAGUGGUGAUCCCUAAAGAGAACCAGGAGAAAAUGAAGGAGAUGUUUAAGAUUAACCAGUUCAACCUCAUGGCUUCUGAGAUGAUAGCUCUCAAUCGCUCGCUGCCUGAUGUUCGUCUGGAGGGGUGCAAGAACAAGUUAUACCCUGAUAAUCUUCCUCGCACCAGCGUGGUGAUUGUAUUUCACAAUGAGGCUUGGAGUACACUGCUGCGAACCGUCCACUCGGUUAUUGAUCGCUCUCCACACACGCUGCUGGAGGAGAUUGUCCUGGUGGACGAUGCCAGCGAGAGAGAUUUUCUGAAACGACCACUGGAGCAGUACGUCAGAAAGUUAGAAGUGCCUGUCAGGGUGGUGAGGAUGGAGCAACGGUCCGGACUCAUCCGUGCCCGCCUUAAAGGGGCUGCCAUCUCUACCGGCCAGGUGAUCACCUUUCUGGAUGCUCAUUGUGAAUGCACCACAGGGUGGCUAGAGCCUCUGCUGGCCCGCAUCAAACAAAACAAGAAAACAGUUGUGUGCCCCAUUAUCGACGUCAUCAGCGAUGACACGUUUGAGUACAUGGCAGGAUCUGACAUGACGUACGGAGGCUUCAACUGGAAGCUCAACUUCCGCUGGUACCCCGUACCUCAGAGGGAGAUGGACCGUCGCAAAGGAGACCGAACGCUACCCGUCAGGACUCCCACCAUGGCAGGCGGCUUGUUCUCCAUUGACAGAGAUUAUUUUCAGGAGAUCGGCACGUAUGACGCAGGCAUGGACAUCUGGGGUGGAGAAAACCUGGAAAUCUCUUUCAGAAUCUGGCAGUGUGGCGGGACUCUGGAGAUUGUCACAUGCUCUCACGUGGGCCACGUGUUCAGAAAGGCAACGCCUUACACGUUUCCCGGAGGAACGGGACAGAUCAUCAACAAAAAUAACCGCCGCCUGGCAGAGGUCUGGAUGGAUGAGUUCAAGAACUUCUUCUACAUCAUCUCUCCUGGUGUGACCAAGGUGGACUAUGGUGACAUCUCAUCUCGCUCCGCUCUGAGACAAAAGCUCCAGUGUAAACCCUUCAGCUGGUAUUUGGAGAACGUCUACCCCGACUCCCAGAUCCCCAGGCACUAUUACUCCCUGGGAGAGAUCCGUAACGUGGAGACCAACCAGUGUUUGGACAACAUGGCCCGCAAGGAAAAUGAGAAGGUCGGCAUUUUCAACUGCCACGGCAUGGGAGGCAACCAGGUUUUCUCCUACACGGCCAACAAAGAGAUCCGGACAGAUGACUUGUGUUUAGAUGUCUCCAAGCUAAAUGGACCUGUCAUGAUGCUAAAGUGUCAUCACCUUAAAGGCAACCAGCUGUGGGAAUACGAUCCUGUGCUGGAUCUGCAGCACCCCUCACACGUGUUCCCCAACACGCUCCCACCCCACACCCCCCUGUCUGUGCAGAAGCUGACUCUGGUCCACGUCAACAGUAACCAGUGCCUGGACAAGGCCAGCGAGGAGGACAGCCAGGUGCCCAGUGUCAGAGACUGCACACACUCACGUUCCCAACAGUGGCUGCUGCGCAAUGUCACACUACCCGAGGUCUUCUGACCACACUCUGCACACUCCCUAACAUACACUCCCACACACACACACACACACCCACAGUGGCCCAAAGCGAGCAGUCAGGCUAAUGGGCAUGUUUUAUUCAAUUUGGGCACGAGGACAGAGACUUCCCUGGAGGGGAUUCAGGAGGACGGAUGGGACGGUACUACCUCUGCUAGAGAUCAGAGGAAGAAGAGUCUUCAAGCUUCCUCAGAGCGAACAGAGAGGACUGUAGAGACUCCUACUAAGAGACCAUAUCUGUUGUUUUACAUUUGUUUUGUUCUUAUUUUUUAAGAAGAGAUUUUAAGAGUGACUGGCUCCUGCGGGUAAAUACAGGACCGUGGAGUCGAGGUUCUGUGCACAGCUUCCCUUCAGCUCAUCACUUAACGUUUACUGACUGCCUCCGAUCAGCGUGUGUGCACUUAUCUGUGUGUUUGAACUGAGAUGAAUGUAUGCUUUUAGAAGGGGCCUGAAUAUUUUUGGGUUGUUUUUCCUCAAGUUCUUGUUUUUUAAGUUAAUUUUAUAACUGAUAUUGAACACAAUGUUUUAUGAAGAAGAAUGCAUGUUUGACUGGGUGUGUGAGAGAUUACGUCUUGUGUGUGUGUGUGUGUGUGUGUGUGUGUG